AUGUAUCCCUUCGCUUCUGCCGCCUCCCUGUUCCUGGCCAGUCUGCCAGCUCUCGUGCAGGCAUGGGACGCUCCGGCUUACUCUGGCUACAGCUUGGUCUGGCAGGAAGCUUUUGCUGGCUAUUCCGGCACACUGCCCUCUUCGACUACCUGGAAUAUCAUCACGGACAUAUCAGUCAACGAAGAGGCAGAGACUUACACCACCUCGACCAGCAACCUUCAGCUGUCGGGCGGAAACACCCUCCAGAUCAUUCCCAUUUGCGAUAGCGCCGGCAGCUGGACAUCGGGUCGUAUCGAGAGCUCAUACACGUUUACGCCUGCUGCCGGUAAAAUCACCUUUGCCGAGGCAGACAUUCGCUUCGGUGGAAACUCCAUUGCCAACAAACAGGGCCUGUGGCCCGCCUUUUGGAUGUUGGGCGAUAGUCUUCGCCACGGAACCUCCUGGCCCCAGUCAGGUGAGGUCGACGCCUUGGAAACCGUCAAUGGGCUCCUCACCGGCUAUGGUACCUUGCACUGUGGCUCCAACCCCAAUGGGCCAUGCAACGAGCCCACCGGUGUCCAAAACUACAUCACCUUUUCCGACCAGAGCUGGCACGUAUGGCGCGUGAAGUGGGAUCGGUCGUCGAACGAUUGGGAGUCCGAAUCGAUCACCUGGUAUAUGGACGACCAACAGUAUCAUAUUGUAACCGGCUCUUCGCUGGGAAAUGAGGACGACUGGGCUUCCGUCUGCCAUGACCCCUUAUACUUUAUCCUUAACCUGGCCGUCGGCGGCUCAUGGCCUGGUGACCCAAACUCGUCUACUAAAGAUGGCUACGGCAGCAUGAUGGAGGUCGCCUACGUCGCCGUUUACUCAAACUAA